AUGAUAUUUGGAGAGGACAAAGAGAAAAUUAAUAACAUCGUUCUACCUCAGUUAAAAUACUUCAGAGAGCUUUAUGCUCCGAUAUUAAAACACUUUGAUAAGUAUGUAGAAAUGUCAAAUGAAGAUGGCAAUGAAACCUGUCAGCAAGAUCUUAGUCCAGAAUCAAGAAUUCAUCAUUUGAACCAGUUGCCAAGAACACCUCAAGUCAAAUUAGUCAGAUCAUGGUCACAGGGACCAAGGUCAAAAGAUACUGAGGACUGUUUGAGAGCAAUAGCAUAUGAUCCUGAUUCCAGUGAAAUAUUAGAUCAGUGUUUAAGAGAUAUAGUAUGGAAGUCAAGUGUUACACAGAGUUUGAAAGGAAUUAUUACAGCAGGCCUUGGAAAAUCAGUCAAGUAUAGUGCAGCCAAGAUAAUGAAAAUGAUGAAGUCAGAGGAACAGAGGAAAAAACUCACUAUACCUAUAUCAAAUUUAAUCAAUAAAAGGAGUGAAUCAUUACCAGUAAAAAGUGCAAUAAAAAUCGAUAGUAUAACUAAGACUUCAGAAAAGCGAGUGGAGCCAUAA